GAAAACGGGCAGUUGGUGAACAAGCACCAACCGCAGGCUUAGGUUACGGCAAAAGGAAAAGGUCUAUGCUGGUUAAUUUAAACCGGGAUCAUUUCAAACCAGAGCAUCUAGAGCCGCCUCUCAGUUCCCUAGAAGUAGGUUCAUUCAGUGAUUCUAUAGGAGUACAACCAGGCCCAGCCCCAUCUUCUUCUUCUCCUUCUGCACCAUGUCUGCCAAGAAGGCCAAGGAGAUGGAGAAGUCCCCUUGGAGGAAGCCAAGCAAAGGGACCGACAAGAAGGAGAUACACGAUCGGCACACAACAUGGUUGCCAUCCAAAGAACCCACACAGGCAAAUGUAGAAAAUCCAGAGUGGCCACAGUUCCAAGUCCCCAAAACUCUGGUACAUCCUCCAACUCCAGUCCCCUGGUCCAAAUGGAGGGUAAAGAGGAUGCAACAAGCUCCUGCAGGUGAUGAGAAGGAGUCUUUAUUCUCCACCUCUGCAAACAUGUGUGAAGAAGCAAAGGCAUCCACUGCAGCAUCAAUGGCAGGAGGAAGUGGAGACCACCGAACCUGGCCAACAGAGAGCAAUACACAAGUCAAAAAGGAGGCCGCAGAGCUCCACUUAAACCCGGCAUCAAAUCGAUUAGAGGCAGCCGAUGUUCUUGAAACCUUUCUGGGUCAGCUUCUAACUUAUUUGCACGAGUGCCCAGACAGACCCUAUUUCAGCAACAUGGAAGAACCAGCUCUUGGAAGCAGAUACAGUCAGUAUGAGUAUGAGAAGAUCCUCCAUCCAGGCGAGUUCGAGGUGAUGCUGAGUAUUUCCCUUCCGGAAUGCAUUCAGUACACCGAAGUGGAGGGAUACAACGGUCUCUUUUACACCCUGAAUUUCCUGAAAAAGUCCCGCAGCUUCCCAGCGGCCCUUCUUCUGGAAGACGGGAGGACCAUAUCCCCAAGGAACGUCAUGGAGGAAUUCUGGAAGCACGUGGACCAGUUUGUGAAAACGUUUUAUUCGGUGCCUCUUCCUGGCUGGCAGGUGAAGCUGGAGAAGAAGAAGCCCAACUGUCCGGCCGUGGGCCUCCUGAUGCUGGAUCCCCAAGGGGUCAAGUUCAUGUCGGUCAGCCUUAUCCCUGCCUUGGAGAUGGCCGGUCAAUGGCCCUGCUUGAAGAAAGCCAAGGAUAUCCUAGAAGAGAGAGAAAUGCUGCCCCUCAUGAGGGUCUUUUAUUUUGUGGCCAAACAAUCUCCUGGAAGGCUCAACAAAGAGACCUGGAGGAUUUCUUUCUCGCACAUAGAGAAAGAGAUCCUGAACCGGCAUAGCAGCUCCCAAGCCUGUCGUAAGUACCACAAGGAGGACUGCUGCAGGAGGGAGUGUCUGAAGAUGCUGGAGGACCUGGUGGCCGCUCUCAAGGCAGAAUACCCCCAGAUGCUGGCCCACCUGAGUUGUUAUCACGCCCGGACCUCCUUCCUGCAUUCGCUUUGGGAGUCGAAGGCUGACACCGACUGGCAGCCUGGCGAGAUGGCUUCAUGCUUUGAGCGGGUCUUGUCCAACUUCCUUCACGAAGUGGCUACAGCUCAACUGCCCCACUUCUUUCUGCCCAAAUGCAACCUCUUUGGGGCCAAGUUCUUCCCUCCCACAAAGCUGAAGUUCCUGUGGUCCCACCUGAAAGAGAAGGAAGGGACGGCGAAGACCUUCACCGUGUCCCGCAAGAGGAGCUACCCCACUCCACUGUUGGGUCCUGACAUGACCUGGCCUCUCAUGGUCACCCUCGGCCUCAUUGGUUUGUUCUCCCUAGUUCUCCCUCAUAUGACAACUUAACUCCAUUGACAUGGUUAAACUAGCCUCUCAUUUCAACUCAUUGUCAUGGCUCCAUCCUACAGAAUCAGGGGGUCUGUAGCUUGGAGCAGUACUUAGAAUUUUCUGAUCGAUAACUGUUGUCUGAACUCUGUUUCUCAAAGCGUUCCAAUUCUAUUCCUUCUAAAGGAAUCUUGGAUGGCAUAGAUCUGGGGAAUCCACAACAGCCAUCCAGCAGAGGGAUCUUAAGUACCUUCCUAAACUAGAGAUCCCAGAAUCCCAAUGACAAUUAAAUUAAUACCAUACCCAUUUUGUAGAAGUUACUAUACUUGCUGUGUUUACACUGAGAAGGAAAUAUUGCUAAGCACUUCCAUCUAGUGGCCAAGAAAGUCCUGAUGUGACUUGAUGUAACUUUUUACAUCUGCAAGGACUGAUUUCCUCCGAAGAAAACAUUUGAGAAAAUGGAACCCAGGAUUGGAAAAUCCAUACAAAAUGUAUGCAAAAUAUCUAUAUCUAUAUCACAGUUCCCAUUACCUCUGAUGACUGGCCUUGCUGGUUGGGGCUGAUAGGAGCUGUAGUCAGGAAGGACUGGAGAUCCAGAACAUGAAACAUGGCACACGUUUAUUCCUUUUUGCUUUGAUUAUAUUUUCCUAAUGGAUUUGGGGUGGUCUUGAGAGCACAUCUACAUUUUGGCUUCUAAUACCAUGUCCUUUUCAAGCUGUUUACAAUUUUUCUUAGUCUCUGCUGAGUCUAUCCCUAACAUCUUACCUGUAGCCUUCCCCACAUCAUCUUACUUCCCAGUGUUGGACUACAACUCCCACGAUCUCGCUGCCAAAUAGAAUGGGAAUUAUAGUCCAAUACAUUUAAUUUUGCUUUGGGGCUGUUUUGCUAUUUCGCUUCCAUUGUUUAAACCCUCCACAUCUCUCGAAGGUCCUGUUCUCACAAUCUGAACAUUUUCUUCUUCCAUGUGUUGGAUUUGGAGUGGGAAUGGGAAUUAUUUGCCCUUCGUUUUUUCAUUGUUGUGUUGUUUGAUGAGUUGUGACAUUGUGAGUUUUCUUGUUUCUGAAAAAGAAAGAAAAUAAACAUACUUCAAAGAUGGA